GAAGCAUGCGGGCUCCUAUUUUUAACUAAAAAAAUCUCUGCAACACAAAUAAAUCCUCAUCAUCAAUGACACUUCUUUGACUCCUCUCCUCUAACCUCUCUCUCUCCUUCCCCAACAAAGCUUCAUUAAACCCCAUAUCAUUAAGCAAGCAAAGCACUAGCACUUGCUUAGAUCAAAUCAAGUCCAAAGAUUUCAAAUUAGACCAAAAAAAAAAGAAAAAGAAAAAUUAAAGGAGCAGAUAUGGAUGAUCUCCUUGCCUGCAAAACCUAUGAAGCCCAAAAGAAGAAGUGGAGAGGAGGCGGAGAAGAAGGUAAAGGUGAAGGUGAAGGAGCAGAUUAUUAGCAAUUUCAGAGGGACCUUCCCGUACUUCCAAGAAACCACAAGAAGAUUCCUCCCCUUCCUUCCCUGAACAUAAAGCAAACACAACCAUACAUUUCAUCAGAUUCUUGAGGAAAUUUUUGUGCCCCCAUUGUUUGUCUGUCGACAACAUUUUUCUGGGUCGGAUUGGAUGGUGCAGAUGAAGCCAAUGUCGUCGUCGUCCUACUCCCACCUCGUCGACGACAUCCCCUCCACGCCGGGCAAGUUCAAGAUGAUGGACAAAUCCCCUUACAGCCAUCACCGCCUCUUCAAAUGGCACUCCUCUCUCACCAAGCUCACCUUCUGGUCCUUCCUCUUCCUCGGCCUUAUCUUCUUCUUCUUCCUCCGUUCCCCCCCGCCGCCGCCGCAUCACAGCGGUGCUGACCCCUCCUCCUCCUCCUCCUACCCCCGCCGGCACCUCCGGAACUACAGCUGGGGCGGGCCCACCUGGGAGAAACGCGUCCGUUCCUCCGCCCGGGUGCGGUCCCGGAACGGGAUCUCGGUCCUCGUCACCGGGGCGGCCGGGUUCGUCGGCACCCACGUGUCGGCGGCCCUCAAGCGGCGGGGGGACGGCGUCCUCGGCCUCGACAACUUCAACGACUACUACGACCCGUCCCUCAAGCGGGCCAGGCAGGCCCUCCUCGAACGCGCCGGCGUGUUCAUCGUCGAGGGGGACAUCAACGAUGACGCCCUCCUGAGGAAGCUCUUCGAGGUCGUGGCCUUCACCCACGUGAUGCAUCUGGCGGCUCAGGCCGGCGUGAGGUAUGCCAUGGAGAACCCUAGCUCCUAUGUCCACAGCAACAUUGCUGGUCUCGUCAGCAUCCUGGAGGUCUGCAAAUCGGCGAAUCCUCAGCCCGCGAUCGUCUGGGCUUCUUCGAGCUCGGUCUACGGGCUCAACACGAAGGUGCCUUUCUCCGAGAAGGAUCGCACCGAUCAGCCUGCGAGCCUCUAUGCCGCCACGAAGAAGGCUGGGGAAGAAAUUGCCCACACUUACAAUCACAUCUAUGGCCUCUCCCUCACCGGGCUGAGGUUCUUCACAGUUUACGGCCCCUGGGGAAGGCCUGACAUGGCCUACUUCUUCUUCACGAGGGACAUCCUCAGGGGGAAGCCGAUCUCGAUCUUUGAGGCAGCCAAUCACGGGACGGUCGCCAGAGAUUUCACCUACAUUGACGAUAUCGUGAGGGGCUGCCUGUCGGCCCUGGACACUGCUGAGAAGAGCACGGGGAGCGGGGGCAAAAAGAAGGGCCCUGCCCAAUUGAGGGUCUUUAAUCUCGGGAACACUUCGCCUGUCCCCGUCACCGAGCUUGUGAACAUCUUGGAGAGGCUCCUGAAGGUAAAGGCCAAGAGGCACAUAAUGAAGUUGCCAAGGAAUGGGGACGUGCAGUUCACGCACGCUAAUAUCAGCUUGGCUCAGCGGGAGCUCGGGUAUAAGCCCACCACCGAUCUCCAGAUGGGGCUGAAGAAGUUCGUGAGGUGGUACCAGAGGUUCUAUGCCGGUGGGAAGAAGAGCUCUGUAUGAGUAUGACAUUCAUUCCUUCGAAACGAAUCUGUGUGUUUUAUUCAUCGUAGACUUCUCUAUAUUAGUCAUCAUUUUAAUUAAAUGAUUCUUGCAGUCAUUUAAGGCUGUUCCUUGUGCCACCAUUGUUGAUUGCCUUUCAUAGGUCGAAGUUUUGCGGUGUUGGUAGGCAAUUGUUUGGUGGGUUUUCUCCUGUACUGAGCAAAGAGACCGUAGCCAACCCUUUUUCUUCUUUCAAUUUUUUUAUUUUUAUAUUUUUGAAAUGUAAUUGUAUUGUAGUUUCAGAAUGUGUAGAAUUGUUCGAUUGAUAAGAGAGUAAACUGAUUUUGUUCAAAAUGUACCAUUUCCUUGCCGCUGCAAUAAAAAGGUCAAUUGUUACUUGUUA